ACAACCCGCGGUCCCUGGUCGUCUCCCUCGCAGCCUCACUCGUCUCCCUUGCGCGCCGGAGCCCUCCCUCUCGGCUCCCCCCGCGCUGGAGCUCCCCUGCUCGGCUCCCCUACGCGUCGCCGUAGCUGCCUCGCCCCACACCUCCACCGCGUUGCUUCCCUCUCCUUGUUCCCUUGCUCGUUCCCCAUGGUGAACCACGGGAAGGAGAAGGCUUGAUUUUUUUUUCUCAAUCUGCUCUCUGAUGGCGGCGGCCUUCCCCGAGCUUGGCGAGCUGGAGCUGUCCCUUCCCGUCAUCGUUCUGCUCUCCGCGACGCCGCCUGCCUUCCCGGACCAUCCCCUCUCGCUCACCCGCGACUCCCUCCCUGGAGCAGCCAUUCCCGCCCAACCCAAAGCCGCCGGCCGGAGCUACGCCGCAGCACGCUCCCUCCCCCCUCUUCUUGGGGACCGGAUUGUGGCCGAGGAGGAGCUUGUCCUUGUCGCCCAGCAGCUCCCGCUCCAACGGGCUCGUCCACAAGUCCGGCAGCACCAGCCGCUCUUCCCUCUUCCGGCGACCCAAAUCCAACAUUUUAGUCUAGCCCAUCGAUGACGACGGCUCCUCCUCAUGCUCAUCGG